ACGUCUGAGUGAGAGGAGGAGUUUGGUAAAGUCACUCAGGAUCAUUUUCAAAAUGACUCAAGCAGCUCCCUCUCCAUCUCGAACAGACGCCUCCAGUUUUCCCUCUUUACUGUAUUGUCCAGAACGGAUCGGAUGGUUCCAGCAGAUCGGAUGCGCGAAGACUGAGAAUCAUGACGGACAAGAGAAACGCGUUCGUGGACAAAUCGUGGAUGUCUGUCCAAGUGGAGCUGCUUCGAUGACGGUGGGGAGAAUUUGGAAGAAGAGACGGGAUUUUUCAAAUGGACAAACGUCUCUCCUGUCUUGGCCUUCACAGCUGAGAACUCCCUGGGUCUUACGGUCGUUUGGGCAAACUCAGCUUUGCUGGGACCAGCUUCCGAGCGAUUUGCGAGUUGCCUGAUACUCACAGGGACACAUCUGAAGCGCAAUCAUCUUCCCGUGGACUGAUGAAACUUAGUCUCCCCCCGUUGUUCCAGGUAAGCUGAAGUCCGUCCGUCGUCAUUACUCAGAAUUCCGACAUGGAUUUCAACAACAGCUCCCUGCGCUAUCUCCACGUGGAGUUCAACCCGCUGACUGAAAUCAUGGACGAGAACGAGACGAACUCCACGCUCGGCGAGCGAAGCUCGCCGAGCUGCGUCCAGAUCCGCAUCCCGCAGGAGCUUUUCCUGGCGCUGGGCAUCAUCAGCCUGGUGGAGAACAUCCUGGUGAUCCUGGCGAUCAUCAGGAACCGCAACCUGCACUCGCCCAUGUACUACUUCAUCUGCUGCCUGGCCGUGUCCGACAUGCUGGUGAGCGUCAGCAACGUGGUGGAGACCAUCUUCAUGCUCCUGAACGACCACGGCCUCCUGGACGUGCACCCGGGCAUGCUGCGCCACCUGGACAACGUCAUCGACGUGAUGAUCUGCAGCUCCGUGGUGUCCUCGCUCUCCUUCCUGUGCACCAUCGCCGCGGACCGCUACAUCACCAUCUUCUACGCCCUGCGCUACCACAGCAUCAUGACCACGCAGCGCGCCGUCACCAUCAUCGCGGUGGUGUGGCUGGCCAGCGUCACCUCCAGCAUCCUCUUCAUCGUGUACCACACCGACAACGCCGUCAUCGUGUGCCUGGUCACCUUCUUCUGCAUCACCCUGGUGUUCAACGCGGCUCUCUACCUGCACAUGUUCGUGUUGGCGCACGUGCACUCGCGGCGCAUCACCGCGUUUCACAAAGGCAGGCGCCAGUCCACCAGCAUGAAGGGCGCGAUCACCCUCACCAUCCUGCUCGGCGUCUUCAUUCUGUGCUGGGGGCCUUUCUUCCUCCACCUCAUCCUCAUCCUCGCCUGCCCCGCCAGUCCCUUCUGCAACUGCUUCUUCCGGAACUUCAACCUUUUCCUAAUUCUGAUCAUCUGCAACUCCCUGAUCGACCCGCUCAUCUACGCGUACAGGAGCCAGGAGCUGCGUAAAACCCUGCAGGAGCUGGUCCUGUGCUCCUGGUGCUUCGGCAUGUAGCGGCCCGUUCACGUUGCGGGCAAAUUGAGGCAAAUUAGGUCGACGUGCGAGCUUUUAUACGAAGAACUGUUUCUCUGUGAGGGUUUUAUUGGGCGGAUUGGUCUCCGAGCUGCACGCAGCACUUACAAGAUGAAGGAGGAAUCUUAUGAAGACGCUUGCUAAUGCCAGCAUGGAGUUGGGAUGAGUUUCAUGUGGGAGAUGUUGCCGUUUCGUUGUUGCUGAUGGAGAACGCUCGAUGCUGAAUAGUUUUAAGACUUCAGGGUCUUUUCUUUGACAAGAGGAUGCUGUCAGACAACUAAAGAGAUCUUUAACCUGGUCAGGUUGUUAAAAAAGUCUCUGAACAUGGACUUAAAACAAACAAAAAAAAACGAAAAUAGUCGUUUAACUUUACAUUGUUAAAUAUCAAAGUCCAGUGAAAUAUUUGACAGCUGCCUAGAAUUUAGGCGGCGAGUAACAAAAUAUUGUCUGUGAUCAUUUGUGUCGUCAUUUCGUUUGACAAUCAAUUAUUUACAGUGACUUUCUUUAUGCUGCAAGAAAAUAUAUUAGAUUUCAACAUUUUAUAAAAGAAAGAAAUAUCCACCAGCUGAUCAGUCAGUUAUUCGCGAUCUUAAAUCUGAAAUAUAUAUAUUUUUUAAGAGGCCUGAACGGGGAUCAGAUCCGCGGAACGUUGUCGAAUUAAAAUAUAMGUGAAUUAUCUUAAUGAUUAUUCAAUUCCAUAAUUCACAAACCAACUCAAAAUAAAACAGAUAUGGACAUGCAAGGGCUUAAGUGUAUGGUACCAAAGGUGGUAAAAAUGGAGGGAGGAAAAAAAUAAAAUGACGGAGGACGAAGACUAGAAGCGUAUGUGGUAUUUUACUAUAAUUAAUAACCAACUCAAUAAUAAUAAUAAUAAUAAUAAUAAUAAUAAUAAUAAUAAUAAUAAUAAUAAUAAUAAUAAUAAUAAUAAUAAUAAUAAUCAACAAUAUUAUCUCCAUUGCAAUAGCUAAUAACAUCUUUCAGCAUUUUUAUUGUUUCAGCAAACAAUAGAAAUUGACCUUGGCUGUAAUUGAUUUACAUUUGUGUUGUUCAAAAUGUUCAUUAAUGUACAAUAUCCCUAAAUAGAUAAAUCUAAAAGAAAAGAAGAAAUAUUAAGGGAUGUUUCAUAAUUUACAUAACAAAAAAAAAAAAAGAAAAAAAAAGAUUUUUUUUUCUUCGAAAAAGACAAAGUUCAUUAACUGUACUGAUUCAAUAAAUCGUGGUUCCAAUAAAGGUGGGGGAUUAAACUUCCUCCCAAAAUGCGCCUUGUUCAAAUUAUCCUUCAGAAAUCUUGUUUUCUUAAACAAUGCUUGCAGUCAACAACUCUGUCCAAAAAUAAAAGUGCGAAUGAGACGCAGAGAGGAAAAAAAAAAAAAAACACUGAUGGGGGAAAAAAA